AUUCUUAUUUCCAAUAAUCCUUAAAAGAGUUUUCAAUUUCUUAUUGUUUCAAUAUAGUUUUGCAAAAGCUCAAAAUCUCUUCACAAGCGAAUUAUUUUGUAAAAAAAAAUAUAAAAAAAAAAAUCUCUACAUCUCGAUAAAAUACUUUUUCAGAUUUUAAUUUAAAAUAAAAUAAAAUAAAAAAGAGAUACAGUAGUCAAAGAGAACCGGGGCCCACCAACUGAACGGCUAUAAAUGGACCUACCAAAAGAAAUCCAUAUUCCUUCAUAACUACUUCAUAUUUUGUCCCCACCUGCAGCUCACAAAAACAAAUGGUUAAAACACAAGAUCAUCAUCUCUCCUUCUCACAUUCUCUGUAAUCAAAAUUCAAUCCACCAUAGAGAAAAAGAAAUGGGAGUACCACAGACGAUGAUAGCGCUGCAAGAAAGAGCAGCAUUCAUGAAAGAAUCAUUACAAAAGAGCCAAACAAUAACCGACAGCAUGGUAUCCAUUCUCGGUUCUUUCGAUCAACGUCUCUCCGCUCUCGAAACCGCCAUGCGUCCUACUCAGAUAAGAACACAUUCCAUUAGGAGAGCACAUGAAAAUAUUGAUAAGUCCCUGAAAGCUGCUGAGGUUAUUUUGGCUCAAUUCGACCUCACCCGAAAGGCGGAGGCUAAGAUAUUGAGAGGACCACAUGAGGAUUUAGAGAGCUAUUUAGAAGCAAUUGAUCAGCUGAGAAGCAAUGUGAAGUUUUUUAGCAGCAAUAAAAACUUUAAGAGUAGUGAUGGUGUGCUUAAUCAUGCUAAUCAAUUGCUUGCUAAAGCUAUUUCUAAGUUAGAAGAUGAAUUUAGACAGCUACUAACCAACUACAGUAAGCCUGUGGAACCUGAUCGUCUAUUUGAAUGCCUUCCGAAUGCAUUACGACCAUCAGCAGGAGCAACAGGAUCACCUAAGCUACAUGGUGAUACUACUAAUAAUAAUGCAAAGAGUCCUACUAAGAGCUUGGAAGCUGCUAUUUACACUAUUCCAACUCUUAUUCCACCUAGGGUUCUUCCUUUAUUGCAUGAUUUAGCUCAACAAAUGGUUCUAGCUGGCCACCAACAGCAACUCUUUAGAAUUUACAGGGACACUCGGGCUUCAGUUUUAGAACAGAGCAUCAGGAAAUUGGGUGUUGAAAGGCUCAGCAAAGAUGAUGUUCAGAAAAUGCAAUGGGAGGUUCUGGAGGCCAAGAUUGGGAAUUGGAUACAUUAUAUGCGGAUUGCUGUGAAGCUUCUAUUUGCCGGAGAAAAGAAAAUUUGUGACCAAAUUCUUGACGGUGUCGAUUCUCUCAGGGAUCAAUGUUUUUCUGAAGUCACUGUAAACAGUGUAUCUGUGCUUCUUAGUUUUGGAGAGGCUAUAGCAAAAAGCAAGAGAUCGCCCGAGAAGUUGUUUGUUUUAUUGGACAUGUAUGAGAUAAUGAGGGAACUUCACUCUGAGAUUGAAUUACUUUUUGGUAGUAAAGCUUGCACUGAAAUGCGGGAAGCUGCAACGAGUUUGACAAAGCGGCUAGCUCAGACAGCUCAAGAGACUUUUGGUGAUUUUGAAGAAGCAGUUGAAAAAGAUGCUACCAAAACUGCUGUUCUUGAUGGAACUGUCCAUCCUUUGACCAGCUAUGUGAUAAAUUACGUGAAGUUUCUGUUUGAUUACCAAUCCACAUUGAAGCAACUCUUUCAAGAGUUUGAUGCAAGUGAUCCAGAUGAUCAGUUAGCAUCUGUAACUACAAGGAUUAUGAUGGCUCUUCAAAAUAACUUAGAUGGAAAAUCCAAGCAGUAUAAAGACCCUGCACUCACUCAAUUAUUUCUUAUGAACAACAUUCACUAUAUUGUGAGAUCUGUGAGGAGGUCAGAAGCAAAGGAUUUGUUGGGAGAUGACUGGGUGCAAAUACACCGGAGGAUUGUACAACAGCAUGCUAAUCAGUAUAAGAGAGUUUCUUGGGCAAAGAUUCUGCAGUGUCUGUCUGUUCAAGGCAUGGGUCCUUCAGGUAGUAGCGGUGGAAUGAUGGAUGGUGGCAGUACUGCCAGCAACAUCUCAAGAGCAGCGGUAAAAGAUAGGUUCAAGACUUUCAAUGUGCAAUUUGAGGAGAUCCAUCAAAGACAAUCUCAGUGGACAGUACCUGACAGCGAAUUGCGUGAAUCUUUGAGGCUGGCUGUUGCUGAAGUCCUCUUGCCUGCGUACAGAUCCUUCUUGAAACGCUUUGGGCCUAUGAUUGAGGGUGGCAAAAACCCUCAAAAGUACAUCAGAUACUCUCCUGAGGAUCUUGAUAGAAUGAUGAAUGAAUUCUUUGAGGGUAAGACAUGGAAUGAACCAAAACGAUAAACACCUGAAGAAUCUGUAAUAUAUUAUAAUAAAUUAUAUAUAUAUAUUUUUUUAACUGGCAACUAGAGUUCAAUGUAUAAAUACAACGGUUCAAUAAUUAUUAAUUUUGGAAAUUCUGUUUCUUUUUGCUCA